AUGGAUAGUCGCAGAGGUUCGUUCACUGCCGAAAGUGCAAACGAAUGGGUAAAAAGUGUUUAUAACAAUAGUUGGAGACGUUACAACGAGCUCGAUAGAGAAGUGAAACGUAGUGCUCGUCGGGACAAAAGAAGAUGGCUGGACGAAAUCAGCAAGGACGCACAAAUCGCAGCAGAUAGUCAUCGUACCAGCGAUAUGUACAGAUAUCUGAGGAAACUCACGAAUGGUUAUACGACAUCACAAAGGCCCCAAAGGGGUGUGAAUCUCGAACAUGCGACGACAGAAGAGCAACAGGUUGAGUAUUCGUGGUACGAUAGUCUAAUUGAAUGCCUGAAACUAAAUAUGACACUGGCUGCAAUUGAGUCGGACACGGAACAACAGGCAUUAACAGCACUGUUUAAAAAUGUACCACAAUUGUGGUUGGGUGGUUUAAUGCUACCAAAUACCCGUCACUUUCUUUGGAUACCGACAGGAAAACCAUUUAAAUAUACCAAUUGGUUUCAGGGAAAUCCAGAUUUCAAAUAUAAUUGUGUUUUAAUUGGAUGGAGUAGAGACGAUGAAUGGACUGAUAUUAAUUGUGCACGUACUUAUGGAUACAUUUGCGAGCAUCCCCAACAAAAACUACAAGAACACAUCGAAAAACUUAAUGAGAAGUUAAGAAUAGAAAUUCAAGAGCGUCAAAAUUUACAGCAAGAACUAAAAACACAAAACGAGUUAAUGCAAAAUCUUCAGGAGCAGCUACAACAAAUUAAUGACACUAAACUAGAGAUGCAGGAAAAAAAAGUGAAUCUGCAGCAGGAACUACAAGAACCACAACAAAAACUGGAACAAGAAUUAGCAAAUGGAGAACAAAAUUUACAGCAAGUCUCACAAAAACCACAAGACAGUCAACAUCUAACUGAGCUGAAGUUACAGCAUCACAGAGAAUAUGAGGCAAAGCAGCAAAAUGACGAGAAAAACAAAAGUUAUUUGAAUCUUCUAUUUUCGCAUAUACAAAAUGCAUAUUUCUUCCAAACUUCUCUUUUCUUUAUGGCAUGUGCUACAACUUGCUUUUGUCUCUAUUACUUGAUACAACUCAGGGAUGAGAUAGACAGACAGACAGACAGACAGACAGACAGACAGACAGACAGA